AUGCCUUCUUCCCCAGCUCUACCGAUAUUUUCGGACCCCAAGCCUUUUGGCUCGAUGCAUGCGGUCCAAAACUCAGUAACUCGCAGUCAAAAAAGACAGAGGUGCGCGGAAAAUUGUUUAUCUGAUCCCCCAACACCUGUGGGGCAGCAUCGUGCCAAACAGCCUAGAGUCCUAUCAUCAAAUCCCCCUGGUUGUUCUUGGGAUCGUCUUUCAAAGGUGUGGCUUACUCGACGUGCCUUGAAGGAAUUGGACCGGAGAACAGCAGGACAUACACCACCUGCUGCUCCCCGCGAGCACUAUCAACUAGAGGGGAGCCUGGACAUCAACGAAGACUGGUGUCGAUUAAAGCGCUUUGCAAGACACGGAGGCCCCGAUCUCCGCAAUCUAAGAGGCUAUCCUGAACCAUAUUUGUAUCAAGUGGCUCCAAAUAUGACCUCCAGCCGAUCCCGUUCAUCCAGCCGUAGAUCGAGAUCGAAUUUGCCCAAUCGGUCGCGUUUUAAUGCAAUACGCCAAUCAACGCAGAGAACUUCUACUACUACAGAAAGGAAGUCUUCUGCUUAUGAUGCCAAUUUCGAACAGGUCCUCAUAGAUCACGGGGCAUAUCCGGAGGAAUACGAUUACCCUGAUGAUCGUUUCCCGCUACCAAGCAAUUUGGAUGAAAUUAUCCAGAGACUUGCGCGACCAAGGCCAUCACUGUCGCCUUCGCGCUUUUCCGAGACCGACUUUCGAAAUUUUAAGCGCACUAACGCACAUGCCUUAGGAGAGAAGAAAGUGAUGAGCUCUGUGUUUCCUAUUAUCCGCGGGGAUGCUGAUAUCCCUUAUGAGGAGGAUAAGUUAUUCGGCAAUCUGGAGCGAUUUGCUGAUGGGAUUGUGAAUGCGAUGCCAGACUUCUAUGAUGGCGCUCAUGCAGCACAACUUGACCGUCGAGUCCGUAGCGAGCUGAACAGUUAUAUUGUACCGUCUACACAGCAUAAUGCUCCAAUAUUGCCCAACUUUUUUGCUGAGGCCAAAGGUCCCGAUGGCUCUACUGCCGUUGCCAAAAGACAAGCGCUCUAUGACGGCACCCUUGGCGCUCGUGCGAUGCUUCGACUCCAAGCAUAUGGGAAGGAGCUUGCAUAUGAUGGUAAUGCCUAUGUCGUUACCUCGACUUACCAGGACGGGACUCUCAAACUGUUCACGACUCAUCCAACGGCAUCCAACGACCCAGGGAGAGAUACAGAUUAUCACAUGACUCAGCUCAGGUCCUUUUCCUUGACUGAUACUGCAGAGACCUUCCGGCAAGGAGCCAGUGCUUUCAGAAAUGCUCGAGACUGGGCAAAGGAACAGCGAGAUUAUGGUAUUGCAAACGCCAAUGGCACUGUCGCUGAUAUUCGCGUGGACAUGUCCUUCGAAACGUCAAGUCAGAGUUUGGUCUCUCAUUCUGCCCAUGCAACACGCGAUUCCGAGACAUCAGCUGAUGAGAUUGCCUCUGCUAACGUCACAAGAAUGGGUCGUUCCGCCGGGAAGAGAACGCUUUCUCCAUCCAGAAGAAGGGAAGAUCCAGAGAGUCGUGACAGAUCUAGCCGGAGAUCUCGUGUUCACAGAGCUUAG